AUGUCAUCUCGUACCGAUGGAAAAAGUGGUCGUUCAAGGCCAAGAUUUAACAUUAACGAGUCCACUUCAGAAGUUUCCUCCGCACGUAAUGCAGAAACUCCUCAAAAUAAUCCACCUUUAGAGGAAGUUCCAGACAAAGAUUUCGAUUGUGAAAUGCAAGAUUAUCGCCCAACACCUUUUACACAUACUUCGAGACCAUCGACAUAUUUUGUUCAUGAGUACGCCGCCGGUGAUGCCGGAUUUCCUAUUCAAGAGGUUCAGCCAAACACAAAUAUUGCCAUUGAGUCUAACCUCAAACGUACUGGAAGCAGUUUCUUAAGAAACAGACAUCGUGCUGGUUUAAAAUCCAAUUCGAGAAUCUCAUCUAUUUUAAAUAUGAAUAAUGGGGGUUUCUCAUCUGCUGUUAGAUUACAAAGCUUCCAUGAUUUAGGCUCACCACUAAGAAUGGGUACACCUCAUUCAGAAGUAGCAUCUUCUACUGCAUUCCCAGAUGAGUUCACCUCUUCUGUCACAGAUCCAAAUGAGUUACCUAUCAUCGUGAAACCAAAGGUUUUAUACCAAAAUCCUUUCACAUCAACUGUUUUGCCAUCUACUUAUCAGCCAAUUAACCAAUGGUCAGCUUUAAAGAAUGCAUAUUUGAAAGAAUUCCUUGCAGAAUGGUUCGGUACCAUGAUUAUGCUAUUCUUUACUGGUGCCGUUGUGACACAAGUUAAUUUGGGUAGACAAUCUCAAAUGAAUCUAUAUCAAGCUGCAAUGGCAGAAGUCGCGGAGGCAGGCGGUGUUGAUGAUGCUACGAUGAAAAUGUUUGAUGCUAUCAAGCUUUUAGUAACUCCAACGACUGCGGGUACAUUCGAUGACGUUGCAUUCGGGUGGGCAGCUGGUGUUAUGAUUGCUUGGUUUGCAGCUGGUGGUAGUGCUAUAUCAGGUGCUCAUUUGAACCCUUCAAUAACCGUGGCAAGUUUUAUAUACAAAGGUUUCCCUCUAAAGAAAGUUCCUGUGUACAUCUUGGGUCAGUAUAUUGGUGCAUUCUUUGGCACGCUAUUGGCAUUCGGUUACUAUCGUAAAUCAGUCAGUGAAGAAUUUCCAGACUACAGAAGUAGCGAAAGUGUUGCCAGUUUCUAUUUUGUUUAUCCAAAACCAUACUUAACAAGAUCAAGGCAAUUUGUAUCAGAAUUGAUAUGUACAGGGUUAUUACAAAUCGGUGUCUUUGCCCUAACAGAUCCAUAUACUUCAUUGACUAACUACAUCUUCCCUAUCGCUAACUGGAUUUUAAUCUACGUCAUUAUGGCCUCUAGUUCUUACCAAACAGGUUGUGCUAUGAACGGUGCGCGUGAUAUGGGACCACGUCUUGCAUUAUACGCAUAUGGGUUCCAUCACGAUAUUAUCUGGCAGACGCACAGACAUUUUGCAUGGGUACCACAGGUGGCUCCGAUUAUAGGGUCAUUGUUGGGUGGGUUCCUAUAUGAUGUAUUCAUUUAUCAAGGUCACGAAUCCACAGUCAAUUGGCCAUUGGCUACGCAUAAAGCUGUAUUGAGAAAUACAUUUAUGACAUUAUUUAGUAGGACGCCAGAACAACUCAGAAGGAAGGAGCAUAAAAAAUUGCAAAGAACAAAUACCAGUUCUGAUGAGUCUUCCAUGGAAGAGAAGAAAAACAAUGAUGACGCUAAGACGGUUAGAUUUGAGCAUAACAAAGCUGAAGAAGCUGUAAAUAUACCACCUGCAGUAACUGAAUAA